AUGGCCCGCGCGUCGUUUGCCACGCAGACGCGGGUCCUCCUCUGGAAGAACGCGACGCUCAAGCGCCGCAACCUGCGCAGCCUCCUCGUCGAGCUCCUUCUGCCCGUGCUCCUGCUCUGGCUCCUGCGCUGGCUCGCGACGCUGGGCAGCGCGGCCGCUGGCGUGACCCAUGUGCCCGAGGCCCGCAACGCCGACGAGGCGCAGCCGCUCCCGACGCUGACGUUGCUGCCGACGCUGCUGGCACGCUCCAACCGGGUGCUUGGCGUCACGUCGCCGCGAGCGACCGAGCUCAUCGCGUUUCUGGACGCACGCUACGCGACGCCGCAGGGCCCGCGCUUUCACGACGUCACGACGGUCUUUGCGUCCGAGCGCGACAUGACCGAGUACGCCAAGGCGUCCAUGACGUCCAACACGUCGCGGCUGCUCUACGCGGGCGUCGUCCUCGAUGGCAACGUGGCGACGAUCCGUCUCAGCGACCAAGCCACCGAGUCGAACGGCGCCGCGCCGGCCGAUGGCGUCCAGCCCGCAUCCGACUUUGGCAUCCUCGCGCAGCUCACGCUCAACAAGACAACCAGCAUGCGGUACCCGGGCUUUCUGCCGCUGCAGAUCGCACUGCACGAGUUUGCUGCCGGUGUGACAUCGCCGGUCGGGUGCGACGGCCUCGCGCAGGACCUUGAUAUCUUUCAAUUGCACUGGACCGACGUCGGUCUCGUAAACGCCGGGAGCUGUGCGUCCUCGACACUUGCCGCCUCGGGCUGGCUGUUUUCGCAGCCCGGUCGCGCCGUGCCCUUUCCAGAGGCCGCGCACGUCGAGGUCCAAGACCCGGUCACGCCGCAGAUCCUCAUGUACCUGAUCUACCUCGGUCUCUGGCCUUUCUCGCGCUUCGUGCGUGACACCAUCAACGAGAAGGAGACAAAGAUGAAGGAGUACCUCUUCAUCCUCGGCGUGCGCGAGUCGGCGCUCGUCUGCAGCUGGGUCGGCGUGUACACUUUGUAUGCGCUCGUGACGGCGACCGCGGCGACCUUGCUCUUCUCCAACGUGCUUUUUGCGACCGGUGCGCUCGUCUUUGGCUUGAUUUUUCUCACGUUUCUGCUCUCGGCCGUCUGCUUUGGCUUGAUCGUUGUGCCGUUCUUUGACCGGGCCAAGACCGCGAUCGGGAUCGCGCCGCUGCUCUUCCUCCUCUGGUGCAGCCCGCUGAUUGCCCAGCGCACGGGCCUCACAAGCGACAUCUGGGCUCUUCUUGGACCACUCACGUCCCCGCUUGUGUUUUACAAUGCGAUGACGGCGACGCUCGGCCUCGGCGCCGACGGCAACCUCCGCGACGUGUCUUUCUCGCACCUCGCGCUGCCGUGGCUGACCCUGCUCGGACACGCGGUGUGCUACGCGGUCCUUGGCGCGUAUCUGGACCGCGUCUUGCCCAAGUCGAUGGGUGUCCAGUCGCCGUGGCAUUUCCCCUUCCAUGCGGCGUUUUGGGCGCCGUCGACCUGUCCGUCCCGGUCGACCAAGACGAGUUACCAUACGUUUACGCCCGUGAUCGAGACGGCGGUGGAUGACGCGCCGGUCGUCGACCUUGACAACGUCACCAAGGUCUAUCCCGAUGGCAAGGUCGCCGUGCGCAAUGUCUCACUCUCGAUUCCCGAAGGAGAGAUUUUCGGCCUCCUUGGCGCCAACGGUGCGGGCAAGACCACGACGCUCUCGAUGCUCUCGGGUGUCCUCGCACCAACGGACGGCGCACUGCGUGUCUGUGGCGACCAUGACAUGACGCGCAUCCGUCAGCACCUCGGCGUGUGUUUUCAGCAAGACGUGCUCUACGACGCGUUGACGAUCGAGGAGCAUGUGGUCUUGCUCGAGCAGCUCAAGGGCCAGGCCGACCUGCGCUUGAUCCGCGCCGAGUGCGCCGCGAAAUGCAUCGCCUUUGGCCUUGGCGACAAGAUUCACGCACCGACGGCAACGCUCUCGGGCGGUAGCAAGCGCAAGGUGUGUGUGCUACUGGCGCUCCUCGGCGACGCCAAGCUCGUGCUUCUCGACGAACCGACCUCGGGCAUCGAUGUCGACUCGCAAAAGCACGUCUGGGCGGCGAUCCAAGGCGCGUUGGCGGGCCGCGCCGUGCUCCUCACCACCCACGCGAUGCACGAAGCCCAAGUCCUUAGCCACCGCAUUGGUAUCAUGGCCAACGGCGAGCUCCACUGCGUUGGCACCAGCGGUGCCCUCAAGGACAAGUACGGCGUCGGCUACAAGCUGCACGUUGUCAAGGCGGCUUCCGACGCCAGCGACAAGGUGCGUCGCGCCUUGGCAUCCGUGCCGGGUGCUAGCGUCCUCCGCGACCACAAGUGGGGUCUCGACUGCCAACUGCCGCUCGGCACCGAAGCGUGCAUUCCCGGCCUGCUCCGAGCGUUCGAUGCGCUCCAAGCCAAUGGCGUCCUCGAGACCUACGACGUAUCGACGACGACGCUCGAAGAUGUGUUUGUCAAGAUUGCCGCCGGCGAUACCGUCAUCCAUUCUGCCGGGACGCCCAAGGCCAUGGACGAGCCGAUCGGGAUGGCGCGGCCGGAGGCGCACAAGUACGCGACGUGGCGCGUGUGCUUGACGCAGAUACGUGCGUUGAUGCGCAAGCGGGCGGCCCUCGUCCGCCGGGACGUCCGCAACACGUCGAGCCAGUACCUCUGGCCGCUGCUCGUCUUUGGUGGGCUUUCGUACCUCCUCGUGCAAGCCGGCAAGUCGAGUGACGAUGCCGUGCCAGCCCUCGCCUCGCCAAUGGUCCUAGCGUCGACGAAGUUGCUGCCGUCGCUGCCGACACCGUCGCUGCUUGGGUCGAACGUGACCUUGGACGGCGUCGUCGACUACCUCCUCGCGCAUCCGGGUGGUUCUGGCGCGGUGUAUGUCGGUGCGAGUUCGCACGCAAUCUUCUUCAACGCGUCAGUUCCCGGUGCCCUCGCGGCGACCAUCCACUCUCUCUACACGGCGGCGUGCACGUCACCAUCGUAUGAAGUCGUUUGCGGGGCGGAGGCCUUCGCCCUCAGUGACGUGCUUGGCGUCGUCCUUGCCAUGUACCUCAUUGGCGCGCUCGUGUUUGCCUCGACGCCGCUCACCACGGGCAUCGUCAAGGAGCGAGAGAGCGGGCUGAAGCAGUACCAGCACUUUUGCGGCGCGUGGCUUUCGGCGUACUGGGCCGCGCACCUCCUCUUUGACCUUGUGGUUUUUUCCGCCUUCAGCCUCAUACUCGUGCUCUGGUGCGUGUACCUUGCCUCGACGGCGCUCGUACCGAUCCCGAACCUCGCCGCGUUGGCCCUCUGCGUGCUUGUCGCCAGUGUCGCGAUCGUCCCGUACAUGUACUUGCUCAGCUUCCUCUUUGGCUCGUCGACGUCGGCGCACACGUUUGUCUCGUACGUGGGCACGUUCCAGCUGCUCUUUGCGCCCAUGACGCUCCUCCUCUCGACGCUCAAUGACGCGUGCACGACGUAUGCGACGCUCUCGCCGUGGCUCCAUGCCGCGUUUCCGCUCAUCUCGCUCGGCGAGACGUUGGUCAACCUCGCGACGACCGAGCUUGCGUUCGUGCGGGGCAUGUGCACGCAAGCCUCGGUGCUCGAGACGCCGUCGAGCCUCUUGCAUGCGUAUCUGUGGCAGACGCUGCUUGCAGGACCGGUAUACGCGCUCUUGGUGCUUGGCAUCGAUGCGUUUUUAACGUACCCGGCGGCGAUGCGCCACGCCCUGCGCUGCGCCCACCGCGAAACGCGUGAGACGAACGAUGUCGAGAUGGGCACCGCUCCGAUUGUGCAAGUGUCGGGCCUCGCCAAGACGUAUUUUGCGUCGUUCUGGCGCCGCACGACGGCGCAGGAUGUCCACGCGCUGUACCCACUGGACUUUACCGUCGCGCCCGGUGAGAGCGUCGCACUUCUCGGUGUCAACGGCUCGGGCAAGUCGACUACGUUCCAGAUGCUGACGGCCGGCGUGACACCGACGGCCGGCGAAGCCACCGUCGGUCCGUGCAACGUCUCGACCGACGCCCCGCGCGCGCGCGACUGGAUGGGCUACUGCCCGCAGCCCAACUGGCUCUUUGACAACCUCAGUGUCCGCGAACACCUCGAGCUCGUGUGUUCGCUGCGCCUCCAAGCACCACGUACGAUCGAGACGGUGCUGACGGCGCUGCAGCUCGACCCGGUCGCGGCCCUUCGCACGGCCAAGCUGAGUGGCGGCAACAAGCGCCGGGUCAUGAUUGCGAUGGCGGUCGUCGCCAAGCCGCCGGUGCUGCUCUUGGACGAGCCCUCGGCCGGCGUCGACGUGGUGGCCCGGCGGCUCCUCUGGCAGCUACUCCGCGACGAAGCCUGCCUCUUCACCACGCACUGCCUCGAAGAAGCCGAGGCUGUUUGCACGAGUGCCGUCGUCCUCGCCAAGGGCAAGCGUGUCUACCGUGGCUCGAUCGCGGCGCUCAAGCAGCAAGUGUCGAAAGGCGUGACCAUGCAAGUGACCUUUUGCGAUCCGCUCGCGUCGCCUGACGUGCAAGCGGCGCUGCGUGCGGACGACGUGGCGUCGGCAAAGGCGCUGCUGCCGUCGACGCGCCACGUGGAAGGGGCGACGGUCGCCGACUAUGUGUUUGCGUGGCGUCUCGAGAAAGACUGCGCGGCGUUGAGCGCACUGCUCACCGCACGCGUGGGCCCGACGCGCACUCUGGAGCAGUUUGGGACGCUCGUGACCUUGGAAGUCGACCGCCAUUCGGCCUCGGACGUGACGCUCGCCGACUUGUUUGAGCUGCUCGAAGGCACCAAGACCGAGCUCCGCAUUGAGCGCUAUAGCAUUAGCGAACUCGCGCUGGACCAAGUGUUUCACCACUUGACUUAA